AUGUGGGCGACUCGUGUGUCUAUUUUGGAUAAAAUAAUGGAUAUUGGAGAUGUUGGAGAGGGAGGGGGGUGGUGGUUGAGGUCUAAAGUGUGGAAAAAGUCGGUUAGUCUUGCAUUUGUAUGGCAGCUGCCUUCGGAAGCAACAACUGUCGUGCGGAACAACUCAAGAACAACUCAAAACAAACUUGUGUUCCUAAACGACGAGCCACACGCCCAUGUAGAAGGCGCAGAUACCGUCUUGCCAUUCUCCGGGCAUAUGGGCAUACUCAGCCCAC